ACUUUCCUUCAUAGUUCAUCGAAAUCGAACAAGGUUUUGGGUUUUUUUUUGUUUUUGUUUCAGAGACAGAGAGCUUAGGUCGUGUCCGUGUUUGGUCAGAAGGUCGAAACUUGAAGUAUUUUUUAGCUACUGCUCACUGCUAUAUCAUCAAGCGUUUUUCCAGAUGCCUCGGAGACCAUCGGGAGGAGGAAGAAGAUUCAUGAAGCAUCAACCUUUAGCAUUUUCACCGUUUAUGCGGUCACUUUCUUUAGCUUCAAGGCGUAGUAAACAAGAGGACUCUCAACGCUCUGAAGAGCUGAUGUCUUUUGAUGAAAGGCUCCCAACUUCAUCUAAAAAGGAGAAAAAGGAAGAGCUUUCAGACUCCUCUGAUGAUGAAGACUCCCAGGGAGAUGUACAAGCAGACUUUGAGUUCUUUGAUCCUAAGACAACAGACUUCAACGGAGUCAAGAUUCUUCUCAAAAACUAUCUAGAUGACAAGGAGUGGGAUUUGAGCAGCUUUGUUGAUUUGGUAUUGGAACAGACUACAGUAGGAACCGUCGUGAAAGUAGCAGAUGAUGAGGACGAGUCUGUGUUUGCUGUCGUCUCUGCUCUCAACUUGGGAAGAUACAAGGAGCACAAGUGCUUUAGAGAGGUGAAAGAGUUUCUUCUCCAAGUCUGUUCGGAGAAGAGUGCCGCUAGUGAUCUCAAACUGUUGCUGGAGAAGAAGGCGCAUGAUGUUGGUAUCUUGGUGUCUCAGAGAGUGAUGAACCUUCCUCCGCAGCUUCUUCCUCCACUGUACGACGGGUUGUUUGAUGAAGUCGAAUGGGCUACGGAAGACGAGCCUACGGAGGAGCUUCGUGGCUCGUUCCGGUUCAAGUGGUAUCUACUUGUCACCAAGAUUUACAAACUGAAGAAUCCUAAGCAGAGGAAGCCUCGUCGUGGUGAAGAAGAGGAAGAGGAAACAGUGUUCCUUAAGCCUGAAGAUGAACUCUUUCUGCAGCUGAGUUCUUGGUCUUUUACGUACCCUAUGCGCUCACAGCUAGUGACUUCUGGAGAAAUGAAGAAUUAUCAGCUGAUGGGACUAGUGAUGGCUGUGGAAGCAAAAAGGAUUCCCGAGUUCAGGCAGAUGUUGAAUUCUCUCAUUGAUUGAAUGAACAAUUGAUGUGAACAUCUUUGUCUACUUCUUGGAGAGUGUUCUAAGUUGGUCGUUUGUUUAUUUGAUUCACCGCCAGUUUUGAUAGUGGUUUUUCCAGCAUAGUUCUAAUGUCCUGUUGUUUUAUCCAGCAACCUUUUUUUUUACAUGUCAUUGGGAACUCUAGUUUCGUGUGUCUGAAGCGAUGUCUUGUUAAACUCUCUAUUAAUGUUUUAUAGCAUUUCCAAUUCACUUCUAUAA